ACUAAACCUAAAAAACUCUUGGUGUUCAAUUCAUCACUGUUCUGUUCCUUUUCGCGCGCCCGAGUCACUGUGUCUCUGAUUCACUUCUCUCGAGUCACGACUCACAACGUAAUCCCUAAAUCUCGUUUCAUGACAACGAUGAACGAGUUUCCUCCUAGGGUUUUGGAAUCUCUCGAUUCCAUCGAUGCAUUCGAUGAUUCCUCUCCAAAUCUUCAAUUGCUCCGCGAGUUUCUCGAUGAGGUAAUUGAUUUUGAUGGUAUUUCUUGUGUUGAUGUUGAUGGGGCUAUUGAUAAUUUGAAUUUGGAGAUUGAUGAUGUGUUGGAUAACAUGCUGCGAAACACUCUUGAUGAUUACACAAAGAAUUAUGACUUUGAAGCUGUGAAAUUAUCAAAGACUACCACUUUGGAAAAUCACCAACACCAGAAUUCUGUUGAACCUGAGACAAAAGAUACCAGUGGUGAUGUAUCUUUGUUACAAUCAAGUCAGACUGAAUCAUUUUACAUUAAUUUAGAGGCUGAUGAAUGUGUGAAUUACAGUACUCCAUCAAGUUCUGUGUCUGAUAUUGCAGCGGAUGCAACUUUUUCAAAUAAAGGCUUUUCCCCGUACAAUGGCGAUGAUUGCCUGUGCUCAGAAUAUAAUGACAACAGGAUUGGUGGUCAGUGUAAUUUAAUGAACGGAGAGGCAUCUGGCCGAGGAAUAGAACUGGCUCAACCUUUGAAUACUUCUAGUAUGGUUCUUAAGGAGCAUUUUGUACCAGGAGCUAUAUUGGGAACUUCACUGAUACGUUCCAAAUCUUUUGACCAGCGAUCAUCUAAAUCUAAUCACUGUUUCAAUGGUUCAAUAUCUACAAUGGAGAAAUAUACGGAUCUCAGUGAGCAUCUUCAAGCAGAGCAUUUAAAGGCUAAGUCAUCUCCUGAUACAUCAAGUUGUGUAACGGAUGAAUUGAAAAUAAUUGAAUAUUUUCCAGUUGAAGAAAAAUCAAGAUCCUACCCAAUGUCCAUAGAAUACAUUCAGCAACAUUUACAUAUUUUGAGUGAUUCUGCUGCUGCUAUCAAUUUUCCAGAUAUGGACGAUUCAGAUGACAUAGAAAUCAUUGAAAAUUUCCCAGUUCAAAACAAAUCAAGAUCAUCGCUUGAAGAUGGACGUCGUGAGAAAUACUGUACACCGACAGAAAAUCUUCCUGAUAUGUAUGAUUAUGCUCCUAUUAGCAACGAGGUCUUCAAUGAUGAUGUUCAGAUCAUUGAUAACUUGAAGCUAGAUUGGUCACCAACUCUCCAAAUGCAUCAAGUUUCUAAUGAUGCAGUAGAUAAUGAGGUCUUCAAUGAUGAUGUUCAGAUCAUUGAUAACUUUAAGCUGGAUUGGUCACCAACUCUCCAAAUGCAUCGAGUGUCUAAUGAUGCAGUAGAUAAUGAGGUCUUCAAUGAUGAUGUUCAGAUCAUUGAUAACUUUAAGCUGGAUUGGUCACCAACUCUCCAAAUGCAUCGAGUUUCUAAUGCUGCAGUAGAUAAUGAGGUCUUCAAUGAUGAUGUCCAGAUCAUUGAUAACAUAAAACUAGAUUUUUGGGCGGAGCGACCCGCAAAGAAGAUGCGGCUUAUGCAUUUUCCGGGUGGAAGUGAUGGAAUCCUGACUUCUUUUACCUGCACAUGAUUUUGAAUAAUUUCUUUAAGUUUUUCUUUUGCAACAUGUAAAGAGUGGCAAGUAGCAGUGAUUACUUAUAUAAUGCCAUUUUAUUCAGGUGUUGAGCAAAAACACAUUGUUUUUGUGACUCCAACACACUCAUUAUUUGUUCAAUUUAUGUACAAAAAUAGAUAAUAUAAUCUGAGACUUCAUUCUUUCUAUAAAAAAAA